AUGGAAGAGAUCACAGAUGGAGUGAACAACAUGAACUUGGCCGUUGAUUCCCAGAAGAAAAACCGGAUUCAGGUUUCCAACACCAAGAAACCUUUGUUCUUCUACGUCAAUCUCGCCAAGAGGUAUAUGCAGCAGUACAGUGAUGUCGAAUUGUCUGCCCUUGGGAUGGCCAUUGCAACCGUUGUUACUGUUGCUGAAAUACUGAAGAACAAUGGGUUUGCUGUUGAAAAGAAGAUCAUGACAUCAACUGUGGAUAUUAAAGAUGACGCAAGAGGACGUCCUGUGCAGAAAGCUAAGAUUGAAAUUACACUUGGGAAGUCGGAGAAGUUUGAUGAACUAAUGGCUGCAGCCAAUGAAGAGAAAGAAGCUGCAGAAGCUCAGGUGCAGAGCUGA